UCUCUGUUUUUCUUUUCUUUUUCUUUUUCUUUCGUUUUUUCCUGGACCAUACAACUGUCUGUAAUUCUCAAAGAACCAUGAAAACACCUGAACCUUCUUUGGCAACCUAUAAAUACAACCACUGUCGCACCCACCUUUGUCAGAUAAGAUCGUCGAAAGCAAUCUAAGCAAAAAUCUCUCGUUCAAAUUCUUCGAAUUGACGCCCAGCAAAAACCAACUCUAACCCAUCAUCCAAUGGCUCUCAGUCUCUUUGGCAACGGCCGACGAAGCAACUUCUUCGACCCCUUCUCCCUGGACAUCAGGGAUCCAUUCGAGGGCUUCGGCACUCUGGCCAACAUCCCCUCCUCCGCCCGCGAAACCACUGCCAUUGCCAACACCCGCAUCGACUGGAAGGAGACCCCGGAGGCCCACAUCUUCAAGGCAGACCUCCCGGGGAUAAAAAAGGAGGAGGUGAAAGUGGAGGUGGAGGACGGGAGGGUCCUGCAGAUCAGCGGCGAGAGGAGCCGGGAGCAGGAGGAGAAGAACGACAAGUGGCACAGGGUGGAGAGGAGCAGUGGCAAGUUUAUGAGGAGGUUCAGGCUGCCGGAGAACGCGAAGAUUGAUCAGGUGAAGGCAUCGAUGGAGAAUGGGGUCCUGACUGUGACUGUGCCGAAAGAGGAGGAGAAGAAGCCUGCUGUCAAGGCCAUUGACAUUUCCGGCUAAGCUCUUGUGGUGUUAAUUUUUGCUUCUGUGUAUUUCCGAGUAUCUGUGUGUGAGAUGAGUGAUCUGAUGUGUCAAUUUUCAUGUAUGGCUUCUUAUUCUAAAUAUUAUUAUAAAUCUUUAUAAAAGCUGAGUCCAUUUUAUUUUUGAAGAAGUGUCUCUUGGAGAAGAUCUAUUUAAUUUUAUACCACGAA